AUGCUGAAAUGGUUCGUCAAAGACCAGUGGUUCCUCCUCGCCAUGGCCAGCGUGGUCCUCUUGUCCUCGCAAGUCCAGGUGCCAGCAUCCCAGCAGCGGACAAAGCGAACCGUCAUUACCUACCUCGCCGUAUCCGUCAUCUUCUUUGUCAACGGCUGCACGCUAGACACGCGCCUGAUGCUCGCAAACUACAUGCGCUGGAAACUCCACCUUUUCGUGCAGCUGCAAUGCUACCUCGUAUGCUCGGCCGCUACUUUUGCCAUAGUCAGUCUGUGCGCCACGAACCCACGCUUCAUGGACCCAUGGCUCCUGAUAGGAUUUCUCUUUGUGGGCAGUGCUCCCACAACCAUGUCUAGCAACGUCGUCAUGACAAGGCAGGCGCAUGGAAACGCUGCGCUGACUGUCGUGCAAUCCGUCAUUGGCCAGUUUCUGUGUCCAUUCCUCACUCCGAUUAUCAUUGAGAUGUACCUUUCUACCGGCUCGUGGUACAGCAAGGUCCUCCAGCGGGGCUCGGGCUAUGCAGACAUCUACCAGCGUGUCUUCAUGCAGCUUGGCUUAUCGCUCUUUCUGCCCAUGGUGGCUGGCCAGUUGGUCCAGCGUCUGUUUCCCAAGAUGACGAAAAAAAUCUUCUUCGACUGGAAGCUGCUCAAGCUCUCGUCCAUUGCCCUGCUCACAAUGGUGUGGCAAACGUUUGACCAGGCCUUUUCCUCGGGCGCUUUCAAGACUGUGAAGCCUUCCAACAUCAUCUUCAUCAUCUUCAUCACCAUCGCUCUCUAUCUCAUUUGGCUCGCAAUCUGCUUCACGGCCGCAACGCUGUGGUUGCCGAAAAAAGACGUCAUUGCGUGUUGCUACUGUUGUCCAGCCAAGGCACUCGCCAUGGUGGUACCGCUUACAUCAGUCAUGUACAUUAACAUCGAUCCUGUCGACCAGUCAAAGAUGCAGAUCCCAGCAAUCAUCUUCCAGGCAUUUCAGGUUGCAAUUGGCGGCAUCAUGACGAUCGGGUUUCGCAAGUGGGUGCGAGAAGAGGAGAGAGAAGAGGCGGAGAAGCAAGUGGAAGCUGAUAACACGUGA